UUUUGUUUAUCUUUACAUUUGGAUGUUGAUUUUGUAUUUUGAUUUUUCCUUAAUUGUCAAUGUAAUUUUUUGGACAACAAUUGUUACUCAACUAGAUUUGACUGUGAUGGACAAUCUUUGUGUUAAAUAGUCUAUAUCCAAGUAUAAUUUACCUGGUUUAUCAUAUCAUUUUCCGUUCUGUCCUGGUCAUAUAAACGCCUCCUUGUUAUUGUUUCAAUUGAUAUUCAUAAAUAACUUGAAUCAAUAAAUGGCUGCCAAAGAAGUGAUUGGAUCAUUAAUUAAUGAAUUAACUGAUUCUGUCCUCCAUAAAUAUGGAUCAUUUUUAAAUGAUUUUGAUUGCAAACUAGAGGAGCUUCAUAAAGUUAAUUUACAAUACACUUAUAGUUCAAUUGACUAUGGACCUUACAAUAAUCCAGGCCUGGAAGAAUCUGUUCAUGAAAGAACUGAAUUUAUUGAGUUGUUACGUACCUGUGGUAACAUGGAACUGAAUCGAGUCUUAUUGGUAUUGUCAUCUCUUUGCCGUGAAAUGAGUGAUUUAUCACAUAUUGGAUUGAAAGAAUUCAUUCAAAUAAUAGCUUUGUAUGGAGAAGAUAAGAAGAAGCAAAGUUGGAAAGAAGAAGAUUCCAAUUUAACCAAAGAUUCCAAAGAUGAAGCUGGUGAAGAGCUUUUUUCCAUGUCAAGACUUUUACCGAUUCUUUUCAAACUUCUCUGUUAUAUCAAGAGAUGUUGCGAAGUAGUUCGUAAUCUGACUAUUCAAAUGCAAGAACUUUUCACAAAAAAUGGUAAAAGAACUAAUAACAAAUCGAGUAUCGAAGUCAAUGAUGUUCGAUUUGAUGCUUUAUUCCAACAUUUGGGACAAUUAGCGGUUACUAUUGUUAAUAUCGAGGAAUUGUUAUGUAAUCAAACAGUAUUACGUAAAGAUUUUGUUAACUUUAAAAGGACUAUGGAAAUUAUCACCGCCAAAUAUGAUGAAUUUCAACUGGAAGCUUAUGAUCAUCAAAAGAUGAAGAUUCUUCAUGCUUUAACCAUUCAAAUUGAGAAGGAAAUAAUUGAUGGGAAUAUUUUCCGUCAACUAAUUGAAGCAAUUAACAGUGCAACCAGUGAACCAAUACCCACUAAUUUAAUCAUUUGUGAUCAUCUUGCUUUGUAUAUCAAAAAUGCUGUUCAAUUUCAUGAAGGAGACACAAAUCCAAUCAAAGAUGAUAAAAAAUGGUUAGCAAUCAAUACCCUGUUGAUUAUUUAUAUUCGAGUGGCUAAACGUGAUGAUAGAAAACUAAUUAAAAUGGUUUUCGAGUCUCAAAAGAAGAUAAAUUGUCUUUAUAUUCAUCUGAAAGGAAAUUGUACCAUUUUUCCCGAUAAACUAAUGGCCAAACAUCUCUCCAAAGCUCGAGUGGAAAAAAAGACAAUCGAUUAUUUCAAACAGAUGAGAGAUAAUACUCUGAAAAUGAACCUCAUUGAUAAAGUAAAAACUCUCAACGUUCGGGUUAACCUUUGGAUGGUAAAAUUUGACGAUCUAUUGGGCGACGUUGAAGAUUCAACGCAAGAUUUUAUCGAAGCCUUACACAAACAGUUCAAAGUGAUCGAAGAAGGACUUGAUUUGGCUCUUCAAUGUUCAUCAAUUAGUAAAAAUUUUAUUCACCAGCACAAUUAUGCCAAUAAAUCAUUUUCCAGAUCAGAUUUAAAUUGUAUUUGUAAACUAGUUGCCAUUUUAAAAGGUAUUGAGCUGACUUAUUUACGGAGAAAAGGUGAAAUCCUUCAAAUUCUGGCUCGAUCAACUCAAUAUAAUUCCUACCUCAUUCUUGGUGCUUUAACUUCAUGUAAAAAGCGUCUGAUUGGUGAAGUUAAAAAAUACUCUGAGAAAAAAUUGGACGUUCUUUCCGCGAUCAUUUUGGGCUCGAACUGUAUCCAUGGACCAAUAUUAUGUUCUGAGAGACAAAUUUUAGCAUCACUAUGUUUCUCAAUGGCUAAUCAAUCGAUGAAUGAAAGUGAAUUGGCCAAAGUUUAUUCUGGUUUUAAGCUCAUUCGAAGUUUUUGUUUAGUAUUUAAAAGACUUCAAGAUUGGACUAAUUGUGAUUUCAUCUUUUUUAAUCGCCAUCAUAUUGGUAACUAUUUCCGACACUCUGUCAACUAUGAGCUUAACAAUAUUUUUGAACUUCGAUAUUUUUUCCAAUCUUUUACUGAUUUUGUGCCACUUAUUGAAAACGCCUUUAUCUAUGAUGACAAAAAGCGAGAUGGAUUAAUGAAAAGUAUCGAUGAUGAGCUAUAUUAUUACUUUAAGACAAAUUAUUUGGAUAAAUUGUGCAGCCUAUUGGAAGAGCAAUUGCGAAAUGAAGUUUCCGGAAAUUGUCUUGGUGAAAAUCGUACGAGCUUAGAGAUGAAUCCAUUCAAAAAUUCAAUACCCAACUUAUCUGUUCUCAUCUCAUGUGAACCUUUCAAAAUUUUAACUCGAAUGAUCUCAAUCAAAGAAUAUAUCGAACAAUAUUUAAACGAAAUGGCUUAUAAUAGUACUACUAAUGCACUUUAUGAAUGUAAAACCUACGAAUCAAUGUUACUUUUGGCUCGACAUAAAUAUCAUUUGGAUCUUUUAGAAAGUCAAUUGCCGACACAAACAUUGGAACAAGGACUGGAUGUGCUUGAAGUUACUCGAAAUAUUCACAUAUUUGUUUCUCGAUACCUUUAUAAUUUGAACAAUCAAAUGUUCAUUGAAAAAUCAUCUGAAAAAAUUCAUCUCAAUGUUUUACUGAUUCGCCAUGUUGCCAAUUCAAUACAAACCCAUGGUUUUGGAAUCAUAAACACUGCUGUUAAUUUUACUUAUCAAUUUCUCAAAAGGAAACUCUAUUCAUUUUCACAAUUUCUUUUUGAAGAUCCACUCAAAUCAAGAUUAAUCAAAGAUCUUAAACACUUUCGCCAAUCAAAAGAUGGUAAAUUUCCUUACGAAAGAGCCGAUGCUCUAGUUAAAGGUAUUCGAAAAUUGGGAUUAACCCCUGAAGGUUACACGUUACUUGAUCGAUUUCGCCUUUUAAUCACCGAGAUUGGUAAUGCUCUUGGAUUCGUUCGGAUGCUACGAAGUGGUGCCUUACAUUGUAGCUCGGCUUCCGUUAGUUUUGUACCUGAUCUGGAAGAAUUGAAUAGCAUCUCUUUCAAAUCAAUGGUCCUAGAAGAUGGUUUUGGAAAUGAGUGUCUAAAAUCCGCUCAGAAUUUAGAUAACAUUUUACAAACAUUGAAUCGUAAUUUCAGUGAAUCAACUGAUUACUACAGUCUUUUAGUCCAAGUUUUCCAAGAGAUACUCAAAGGAAAGGACAAUUAUCACCUUCGAAAAUUUUAUGUCAUUCUCCCAGCGCUAACAUUAAAUUAUGUCGAAAACAGUAUUAUAAGCAAGGAGAAAAUGACUCGAAAAAAUAAAACUGGAGCUGCUUUUACCGACGACGGAUUCCCAAUGGGUGUCGCUUAUAUCCUAAAGCUUUUGGACCAACACUACGACUUUGAUACUUUACAAUGGUUCGCAUCGGUUAACGGAAACAUCAAGAAAGAAAUGGACCAAGCGCUGAACGUGCGUUCAUCAAAUUCAUCGGUUACAAUUGACGAUAAAUUAUCGCAAACAUUGAAAUUAACAGAGAAACGUUUAGAUAUGUUACAAAAGGAAUUUAAUAUUUUGAAUUAUAGCUUAACCAGUUGUCGAAUAUUGUUCAAAGCCACUAAUCAUGGCACUCGAGAUUAAUUCUAAUCGUGGGAUCAUCAAAGAGAUUUUUAUUUAUCUAUUGUUAACAUUAAUCAAGAUUUCUAUUCAUUCAAAUCUCUGUGAUAUUAUUGGAAACAAUUAACUCCAUCAAAGUUGUCAAUAAACUUGUAAUGACAAUUAAACGACUAAAAUAAAAGUAUUUCUUCAAUUUAAUUAAAA